UAGUCUAAAUUAAACACCAUAGUGUCAUUUCCGGUUUACACUACCCAGCUUCCGGUUUUCGCGUGCAGACAGCGUUACUGUGAAAUAUCGACUAUUUUCAGCUUUCCUGGUAACACAUCGUGACAAAAAAUGUCCGAAGAUACUCAGCAAGACAGCAAGAGGCAGAAGACGAACUUCAUCAAGGCGACGAACGUGUACCCCCAGCAGCAUCAUGUCAGCAGGACGAAGCGUGGACAGGUUCUCGGACAACGCGGCGGUUUCCGAGGCUGCUGCAUCUGGCUGACUGGACUGUCCGGCGCUGGCAAGUCCACCAUUGCCUUCGCUCUGGAGGAGUACCUGUGUGGGAAGGCGAUCCCGUCCUACACCUUGGAUGGUGACAACAUCCGUACUGGCCUGAACAAGAACCUGGGCUUCACGGCCGAGGACCGUGAAGAGAACAUCCGCCGUGUGGGGGAAGUGGCGCGGCUGUUCGCUGACGGCGGCAUUGUGGCGAUCUCUGCCUUCAUCAGUCCCUUCCAGAAGGAUCGUGAUAUUGCCCGUCAGCUGCAUGAGGACAACGGGCUGAAGUUCAUCGAGGUGUUUGUGGACACACCACUAGAGGAGUGCGAGCGUCGUGAUGUCAAGGGACUGUACAAGAAGGCUCAUGAAGGGAAGAUCAAAGGCUUCACCGGUAUCGACUCCCCCUAUGAGCGCCCGGAGAACCCGGAGAUCGUUGUCAAGACGACGGAACUAGCUGUGGACGAGUGUGUUCAGACCAUCGUGUCUGUCAUGCAGGAGAACGGUAUCGUCCCGCGCUCUGCCAUGGAGACUGUGCGGGAGCUGUUCGUGCCUGAGAACAAGCUGGAGGCUGCCCGCUCAGAUGCCGAGAGUUUGGCAACUCUCAACAUCAACAAGGUUGACAUGCAGUGGUGCCAGGUGCUGGCCGAGGGCUGGGCCACUCCCCUCUCUGGGUUCAUGCGGGAGAGGGAGUAUCUGCAAUGUCAGCACUUCGGCAUCAUGAUGGACGGGGGUGUGACAAACCAGACAAUUCCUAUAGUGUUGGCUUGUUCCACUGAGGAUAAGGAGAGACUGGAGGGCAGUGCGGCCAUAGCGCUGCAGUAUGAUGGGAAACGUGUGGCCAUCCUCCGCACACCGGAAUUCUUCGAACAUCGGAAAGAGGAACGGAGUUGUCGGACAUUUGGGACAAGCAACAAGGGUCAUCCUUCAGUGAAGAUGAUUUUCGAGAGUGGUGAUUGGUUGGUGGGAGGCGACCUGGAGGUCCUGGAGCGAAUCCGGUGGAAUGAUGGCCUUGACCACUUCCGUCUGACGCCCAACGAGCUCCGACAGAAGUUCCGCUCCAUGGGCGCAGACGCCGUGUUUGCCUUCCAGCUGCGUAACCCGGUGCACAACGGGCACGCGCUGCUGAUGCAGGACACCAAGAGGAGGCUGUUGGAGAGGGGGUACAAGAAACCUGUUCUCCUGCUGCACCCACUGGGUGGUUGGACCAAAGAGGAUGAUGUUCCCCUGCCUGUCCGUAUACAACAACACAAGGCAGUGUUGGAGGAUAAGAUCCUGGACCCAGAGAGUACAGUGCUGUCUAUCUUCCCCUCACCCAUGCUGUAUGCAGGACCAACAGAGGUUCAAUGGCACGCCAAGGCCCGCAUGUCAACAGGAGCGACAUUCUACAUCGUGGGUCGGGACCCUGCAGGGAUGCCUCAUCCUGACGGGGCUAAAGACCUGUAUGAACCCACCCAUGGGAGCAAGGUUCUCACCAUGGCACCAGGACUGACCCAGCUGGAGAUCGUACCCUUCCGUGUUGCAGCCUACAACCUUAAGAAACAGCAGAUGGACUUCUAUGACCCUGAGAAGAAAGAGGACUUCCUCUUUAUAUCAGGGACCAAGAUGCGUAAGUUUGCUCGAGAGGGGGAGGAACCGCCAAGUGGAUUCAUGGCUCCCAAGGCAUGGACAGUCCUGUCUGACUACUACCAGUCUCUCAACAAGAACGUCUAAAACACCACCAGCUCUGGAGCCAGUCAUAUAUGCAGUUGUACUUAUCACUGAUAAAGUGAUAUAGGUCGUUUUAUUACUUGUUUCCUUGUCCAAGUGUUCUAGAUUAUCCUGAUGGAAAUUUAUAAAUGGUCACAUUAUUUUAGUCAUAUUUUCAUAAAACUUUAAGCUAACAUCAGUAUCUUAGAAUCAGCACUACACUUCAAUGUCUGUCUUGCACUAAUAGAUUUUGUUGUCUUUAAGUUGUUAAGAAAACGCUUUUUCAACAUUCAGAUUGUCAUCAAUACAAACAUUCCAAAUCGUGCUGUGGCACUACUAGUCUUAAAUUCUACAACACAUUGUUGAGUACAUAAACAGCAUUUUCUUUUCCUGUUAAACAUCCUAUUGAUCCAGAGUCAGAUUUGUACAACUGAACAAUGACUGCUACAAUUGCUGGUAGUCAAUUAUAAGACUGUGACACACAAUGUCUCCAAAUUAUAACACUAGGUUUUUAUUUUGCUUUCCUUUAAAUUUACUUUUACUUUGAGGUGAUCUUAACUUUUAGUUUAACACUUAUUUUCUUUUGAGUGAUGCCAGUUUAAGGGUGAUGAUUUCUUCCAUAUUCUUGUGUAAAGAGCUUGAAUGUUCUGCAGAUUUUUUUAAACAUUUCACCUUGGUAUCAUUUAGGGAUAAAUAUUUCCAUACAAAAUACUCCAUUGACACAUGUAUUAGAGAGCAUAGUACUGGUACUACACAACUACCAGAUUUUAACUCUUGCCUCUUGAUCAACUUUUGUACUUUUCAUUUGGUUGAGUCUUGCAAUAUGUAUAUUUCACAGUCAGAAACAAGGCCACAAUCAUGAAGUUUUGAAAAGUCUGUAAUUUGGGCCACCAAUCAUCUGUUUAAAUUCUGCUUCAUGAUAUGUUUGUCUUACAUUUGAAUCCAUUGUGCCUUAAAAAUUUGAUGUAUCCGGUACUUUUAACAUCAGUCGCCAAUCUUUGAAUCUACAUUGUAAAUGAAGUGUACCAGAUAAAUUAAAUGUACUGUUAUUCUGUCUUAGUUUAUUACAGCUCAGCUUUAAUAAGAUGCUACGACAAUGUAGAAGAAAUGGUAAAAUAUCAAUUUGAUGGAAGUUGACUUUUGAGAUUCUGUGUGAAUGGUGUAAACCAGGGGCAGUGCUUGUGAUAGGUCCAGGGAAAGCUAGUACAACAUUUUUGUAUAGCAACAAGCAAUACAAAGUGUAUGACAUAUAUUUCCAGAUUGUCAUGGCACCAUAUAUAAUUGAGAAAAAAAGCUGGCUGCAACAAAGUGAUUUUGUCUCUACAAGCUAAAGAUAGAAUCAACUCCACAUGAAAUAAGUUACUAGUUAAAAGUAGUCAAUACCGAACAAGUGACAAAAAAACAACAACUACACAUUGUCUCUCUUUUAACCCUAUAAACAUUCAGCCACGUAUUCCACUCGUUCAGUAUCUUUGCCAGCCUUAAGCAAAGUUGCCAUGCUGCUAACUCGGCAUACUAUGUGCACUAUAGCCCUUCUUAGCAUUUCUAGCAUACUUUCCUCCUAGACUGAAUCACCCAUAUACAGGAGAAAGCAAAUAAAAACAAGAUUUAAUCUCAA